UUAUACGUGAAGUACAGUGUUAUGGAAUUGUGAACACGAACUCUUACUCCCCAGCGUGUUGCCAAAUAUGGUGAUAUUCAGUUAUUUAUUUAUUUUUUUUAAACGUUUUCACAUUAUUUCCUUUUUGACAAAAUGUGCAGACGGACCAUAUAGCGGCUGCACCCGGAACUUCCGAUUUAUUGACACGUCACUCAAAUUUGAGUCUUGUUCAGCGCGUCUGUAGCUCGCAGAGAGAUAGGAGUCCGAAUUACAUAGUGGAUUCUUUUGUUAAUUGUAAGCGCGGUGUGAGGGCACGGAGUCAUGUCGAGUUCAGUGUUCUCAGUGUUGAGUAAGUUUGUGGCGGAGUACAGGCGCAGCACGCCGGCCAAACUAAAGGUGGUGGACGCGUAUCUCCUGUACAUUCUGCUCACCGGAGCCCUGCAGUUCUUCUACUGCGUGCUGGUGGGAACCUUCCCCUUCAACAGCUUCUUGUCUGGCUUCAUAUCUUGCGUCGGAGCCUUCGUCUUGGGCGUCUGUCUGCGGAUCCAGAUCAAUCCCCAGAAUAAGAGUGAGUUCCUGUCUUUAUCUCCGGAGAGAGCGUUCGCAGACUUCUUGUUCGCCCACGCGAUUCUCCAUCUUGUGGUCGUCAACUUCAUUGGUUGAGAUAUGGUCGUGUCCCACUGGAGUGAGGUUGAUAAAGAGGAGAAGAAACCGAGACCAAAGUGCUGGAGCUCUACCAGCAUUGCAGACUGCAGCUCCACAACUGCAGUGCCUGUGAGAAACAGUGCUGAUGAUUCAUUGCAACUGCACUGUAGUGACUGGAAUGGCAUUCCUUCAUCAUUCCUAUAGUGUUUGUGUUUUGGCAAUUUGUACAUUUUGCAUAGAUACAUAAAUUUUCUUUUGGUAUUUUUCUCAAAAACUUGAGCAGUCACUUUGGAAUUAAAACAUUUUGGAACAAA